UACAUGCAACGAAAUUUUCCGGAAGAUACCAAGCAAAUACACUCCGUCACGAUAUAAUUAUAAACCUCUCCUCUCUUCUUUUCUUCCUUCUAAUUUUAAACUUCACCCAUUCACCUUUCGGUGUUUUCAGAUCGAUUUGCCUUUUCAAUUUCAUCUUGUUUUUAGAUAAUGGAAUCCAAGGAGGAAGUUCAUAGUGAUGAUGGAUCUUUUGAAUUGAUCGACUUUGAUGAUUACGCUGUGAACAUGGAAGAUAUGAAUACAAAAGCGGAUUUCUUUCGCAACAGGGAUAUCUCCAGUGAUGGUUCUUAUGAAUUCCUUUCUUCUGAACUCUCUGAUAUACUUGUUCUAACAGAAGGAGAAGCUUCUGCUUACGAAGACCUUUCUGCUCAAAUCAAAUUCUUUUCACUCGAAUCCGAAAAUGAAGCCAAAUCUGAUCCUUCAGAAGAAGAAGAAGAAGAGUUUUCAGGCAUGGAGUUUCCUGAUAGUGUCGAUAUGAGUAGGAAGCGAAAUUUUAUGACCAUGGCUUAUGAGAACUCGAAUUUUGAUGUUCAUGAUUACCCUUUUCACAUAAAGUUAAAGGAUGACAUAACGAUAAAAGAAAUGGCAAAAAACCACAUCCUUCGUUACCUUCCAGCUAAAUCAUUAGCCAAGUGUCAACUUGUUUCUAAAGAAUGGGAUUUAUGGAUUUCAAGCCCAUUUUUCGCACACACCCAAAGUCAAUACUUCAGUCAAACCUCUGGUUUCUUUCAAGAUGAUGAUGAAACUAUUCGUUUCAUCUCUCUUGACAACUCUUCUUAUGGGGUUCCUUACCCUUCCCUUUAUUUCCUUCCACAAAAGGUUUCCAUAAGAAGCUCUUGCAAUGGGUUGCUUCUUUGUCAAGCUUCUGAUGAUGAAAAUGAAAUUUACGUUUGUAACCCUGCAAACAAAGAGUGGAUUCAGCUUCCUAAUUCUGGUUACUACCAUGGAAAGGAACCAAAAAAUGUUCUUGCUUUUGAACCUUCUUCUCUAAACUUUGAGCCACGUUAUCAAGUUAUAUGCCCUUUCUCUGUUCCUGGUGAGGGGCCCAUUUUGUAUUUUGACAUUUAUGAUUCAAAUACAAAAUCUUGGAGAACUUGUGAUGAGAUAUGUCUCGAUUUCGAUGAAUCCGAUGUUAAAAGUGAAGGUCUUUAUGUAAAUGGAAUUGUCUAUUGGGAAACUACACGUGGCGAGUUGUUGGCAUUUGAUUUGAAAAAUGAGUUUUAUAGUGUUCAGAAGCUUCCGUUAGGUGGUGCGUUGUCGAAGGUCAAUGGAGAGUUAUGCUAUGUCAAAGGGUAUUAUUGUCAUUCCGUUAAAAUGUGUGUAUUGGAUGUUUAUGGUGGUGGUGUUAUGUCUUUGAAAAGUACGAUGAGUGUUGAUGUUCAUCUUGAUGGUGUCGAAGAUGGUGAGAUGGUUGAUUGCAGAGUUUUGGGUAAUUCAUGUGAUGAUGUUGUCGCUUUUAUCUUGGAGAAAUCUCAAGGGCAGAAUUGUCUUUUUGCUUAUUAUAUGAAGGAUCAAAAGGUUGAAGGCCCAUGGUAUGUUUGGAGCUCUAUUAAGUUGUUUCCUUAUGUUAACAGUCUUGUUUCUAUAGGUUCAUAGAAAUCUAUAGUCGACAUUUUAAUUUUUAGGCGUGUUUUUUUGUCACUAAUUAGUGGAUGGUUUAAUUUGCCCCUAUGAGGUGUUUUUGUACAUGUGCUGUUUAUUAUGUUUUUUUAACAUGGGAAUUUGUUUUUUUAAAUAAAGUUUGUUGGAUGUGAAUUGUA